GGUCUGAUUCGCUGCGCACCACGCCCCCGACUGCGGAAGUGGGUGGGAUGCUCGGCGCAGAGCUGCCUGAAUGGAUCCGUGAGGAAUGAGAGUUCACAAGCCGCAGUUUGAUCAUCAACAGCCCCGGAUUCAUUUUGAACCUUGUUUUCCACGCUACUGUGUGGCUGCUGUCCCUCCCUAAUGCCUGUUUCUCCAGGCUAUGCACGUCUUAACCAAAAUGAGCCUAUGAACUCUUUGCGCAUCUCUGUUGGAGGGCUCCCGAUGCUGGCUUCCAUGACUAACACCACCGACUCCCGCUUCCGCAUCAAAUGGAAAGCCAUUCUGGUGAUAGCAUCAGCACUAGCCUUCGUCCUCCUCCUCUACAUUCAGCUUUCGCCCUUCCACCCUCAUCCCAGAGGAAAAUAUGGAUUGAGGUUAAACCAUCAUGAAGUGAGAACGGAGGGCCAUUACAAUGACACAUACCCCCUCAGUCCACCAGAGCGCACCGCACAGGGCACACGCUACCGUAUAGGGGUCAUCGCUGACCUGGACACGAACUCACUCAGCGACAAGAAGCUGACCUGGUUUAGCUACAUGCUGAAGGGCCACCUCCUGGUGUCCGAGAGUGGAGAUACAGUGACGGUUGAAUGGGAUCAGGACAGGGUGGUCUUGGAAAGCCACCUGGCAGAGAAGGGGCGGGGCAUGGAGCUCUCCGAAUUAGUGGUGUUUAAUGGCAAACUGUACAGCGUUGAUGAUCGUACGGGUGUUGUAUAUAACAUAGAUGGACUCAAGGCAGUGCCCUGGGUGAUUCUGCCAGAUGGGGAUGGCUCGGUUUCGAAAGGGUUUAAGGCUGAGUGGCUUGCAGUGAAGGACGAGCACUUGUAUGUUGGGGGUUUGGGGAAGGAGUGGACCACCACCAGUGGAGAAGUGCUGAACGACAAUCCUGAGUGGGUAAAAGUGGUGGGAUUCAACGGAGAUGUACAGCACCAGAACUGGGUCCCUAAGUACAAUGCUCUCCGCAGCGCUGCAGGCAUCAGUCCGCCCGGGUACCUCAUACACGAGUCUGCAGCCUGGAGCGACACAUUGCAGCGCUGGUUCUUCCUGCCACGUCGUGCUAGCAGCGAGCGAUACGACGAGACCGCAGAUGAGCGAAGGGGCACCAAUCUGAUGCUCAGCUGCUCCCCAGACUUCCAGGACAUUAAAGUGAGAGAUGUUGGACCCCUGAACCCUACACAUGGCUUUUCGUCAUUCAAGUUUGUCCCGAACACAGAUGAUCAGAUUAUUGUUGCCCUGAAAUCUGAGGAGGACGCUGGGAAAAUCGCCACUUACAUUGUGGCGUUCACCCUAGAUGGCAGAAUCCUGCUUCCUGAAACCAAGAUUGGGGACGUGAAGUAUGAGGGACUCGAAUUCAUUUAGUGUCAGAGGGAUUUUUCUGAAGGUAAACACAUGCUGAGGACUAGUAAAUACCUUCUUUUAGAUGAUGUACGUCUGGAUGUGGACAUUGAGGUGUAUUUUUGUUGAAAUAGUUGAAUGAUGUUCAAAUAAUGCAGACUGGCUAUUGGCAGCAACUGCCUAAAGAGACUGAAGGAUUUAGUACGUGUUGAACCUUUAUUUUAAGAGACAUGUCAGAGCCUUCAUCAAAAGUUUUUCAUUGCCAUUUUCAACAAUGACCAUUAGUGGUUUCACGACAGCACUGUACUUACUGUGUAAUGAAUGUAACAGAAUGAAUGAAGUGAUAGACUGUAGUACAUGCAUAAAAUUGUUUACUGUACACAGAUUACAGCAGUUGACGUGGUUUUGAUGAAUGUUUUUUUUUACUUUCUUGAUAAGUGUCUUAAGCAGAUCAGCUACUUUUAAAAAUAACUCUUAAAAAACUCAACUGUCACAAAAUGAACUUUACUUUUCAUUGAUGCACCAGAGCUAUUUAUUUGUUGUUGCUGUUUUUUUCCUUUUCUUUUUUUCUUCUGAAAACAACAGAUUGAAGGGUUUUAAGAAAGAGUUAAGUGUACCUCAUUUUCUUUUAUCCAAUUGCUUGAAUCAGUCGUAAUCACUAAAUGACCAAAAUAACAAAUGAAUUUUUUUUUAGAGAUUUGGUCUCCUUGACUUGAGCCAGUAGGUAAGCACCCAGUAAAUAUUUCCAUUAAGAUUUGUUGAACUCCCUGAGACACCCCAGUGGUUAUCUUAUGUGAUAGACAACAACCUUGAAGAGUCUGCAAGUGAGAGAGGACCAGUGAAGAUCAGUACCAGCGAUGCUCUUUUCUGAAAUAGCAUUGUUUGGAUUUCAGAAGGAAAUGUGCCAACUAGAAAACUGUACAUACUACUAAUAAAUAAAAUUAUAGUGAUAUGUAAA